GGUGGCAGUGCGCAGACUCAGCGCGCGCGCGCGUUACUCAACAGGAAACGAAGAAGAAGAGCGCGCAGUUUACAAAGUAUUUCAUAACGCAUUUCAUAACAUAGGUGAGUUUCAGUUAUUGUGCUGAUGGAUGUGGGGAAGGAAAGAGUGAUCGCGCUGGUGGACAUGGACUGUUUCUAUGUGCAAGUGGAGCAAAGACUCAAUCCCGAGCUCAAAAACAAGCCCUGUGUUGUUGCGCAAUACAAGACAUGGAAAGGCGGAGGCAUUAUAGCGGUGAGUUAUGAAGCCCGGGCUCACGGUGUCACCAGGAACAUGUGGGCCGACGAUGCCAGGACCCUGUGCCCGGAUCUACAGGUGGCUCGGGUCCGAGAGUCCCACGGGAAGGCGGAUCUCACUCAUUACAGGGAGGCGAGUGUGCAGGUGAUCGAGGUGAUGUCCCGCUUCGCCGUCAUCGAGAGAGCGAGCAUCGACGAGGCGUACAUGGACCUGACGGCCAGCGUGGAGGAGCGCCUGAAGCACACGAGCGCUCGGGACGUCUCGCCGCAGCUGCUCCGCAACACACACGUGCAAGGCUUUCCUCAAACACACACCGGUGAUCCCGGCGGCGGCGGCGGCGCGGUGCAGGAUAAAGACGCGCUCCAGGCCGCGGGCCUCCUCCAGUGGCUGGAUCAUCUCUCCUCCUCUCCUGCGGAUCUGCGUCUGGCUCUCGGCGCGCUGAUCGUGGAGGAGACGAGGGCCGCCGUGGAGGAACACACGGGCUUCCGCUGCUCCGCCGGCAUCUCACACAACAAGGUGUUGGCCAAACUGGCGUGUGGUUUAAACAAGCCGAAUCGGCAGACAGUGCUGCCCCUGGGCUCCGUCCCGCAGCUCUUCCACACGCUCCCCAUCAGGAACAUCCGUAACCUGGGAGGGAAGCUGGGAUCCUCCAUCACACAGACUCUGGGGGUGGAGAACAUGGGAGACCUCCUGCGCUUCAGCCGGGUCCAGCUGGAGCAGCUCUUCGGGGAGAAGACGGGGCCGUGGCUGUUCGACUUGUGCCGAGGGAUCGAGUUUGAGCCGGUGAAGCCGAGACAUCUUCCCAAAUCCAUCGGCUGCAGCAAGAACUUCCCUGGGAAAACCUCUCUGGCUUCCAAACAGCAGGUUCAGCACUGGCUUCAUCAGCUCGCCCUCGAGUUAGAGGAACGCCUGAGCAAAGACAGAGACAUGAACGGGCGAGUGGCCAAACAGCUGACGGUGGGCGUCCGGCAGGCGGGAGACAAGAGAGCCAGCAGUUUCUCUCGCUGCUGUGCGCUUGUGCGAUACGACGCCACCAAGAUGACCUCAGACGGCUUUGCUAUCAUCAAGAGCCUCAAUACUGCGGGCAGCCACCAGGAGGCGUGGUCUCCUGCCUUGACUUGCCUUCAUCUGUCAGCCAGUAAGUUCAGUGAUGUACCUUCGUCCUCCUCAGGAGGGAUAACCAGCUUCCUGAGCAGCGACGCAAGUUUAACUCAAUCCCCCAAAACACAGCCGGCCCCCAGGAGCCCCGGGGCCAUCCAGUCCCUGUUCGAGAAGGCAGCCGAGAGGAACAAGCGGCAAGCGGAGGAAGACGCGUCACACACUCCUGUGGAAAACACACCCAGCCAGUGCAGGUCGCAGAAAGCCUCUGGAAUCGCUUCUUUCUUCCAGAGAAAGAGCCUGGAGAAAAACCUCGGGAUCUCUAAAGGAAACGGGCAGAUGCGGACCAAAGACGAGGAUCUUCAGGUGUGUGUAGAGCCGAGCUCCUCCAAGGAUCUUCAGGUGUGUGUAGAGCCGAGCUCCUCCAAGGAUCUUCAGGUGUGUGUAGAGCCGAGCUCCUCCAAGGAUCUUCAGGUGUGUGUAGAGCCGAGCUCCUCCAAGGAUCUUCAGGUGUGUGUAGAGCCGAGCUCCUCCAAGGAUCUUCAGAUGUGUGUAGAGCCGAGCUCCUCCAAUUAUCUUCAGGUGUGUGUAGAGCCAAGCUCCUUCGAGGAUCUUCAGGUGUGUGAAGAGCCGAGCUCCUCAUUGGAUCUUCAGGUGUGUGUAGAGCCGAGCUCCUCCGAGGAUCUUCAGGUGUGUGAACGCUGUGGUCAGAAGGUGCUGGUCUGGGAAAUGCCUGAACACACAGAUUAUCACUUCGCUCUGGACUUGCAGAAAUCCUUCAGUUCCUCGGCCUCCAGUGACGGUCCCGUUCCCGCCAGAGCUCCUCUAUUGUCCCAUGGGAAGAGCAGAACACGGAUCCAGAGCGGCCCGCAGGCCAAGAGAGCCCGAGUGCUGGGAAACUCUGGCACAUUGGACUCCUUCUUUAAGAAGAUGUGAGAUAUUCAACAGCACUUUACCUGGACAAGCUUUAUAUACGAGCAGGUUUUGAUUAGAAAUAUUUGUGAUUUUCAAAUGUUUCGUGUUUUAAUGUAAAUAAUAAAAAGUUGUUGUACAGAA